CUGCCUGGCUACGAGGCUACGAGUCGCGAGAUUGAAGGGGCCGGGCCCACAGCGGAGAAAUGGCGAGUAUGGUCACCGAGAACGGGUGUGGAGUGGAGUCACGGAGCCCGGAGCAGCAGGGACCGGGCCGGGGUGCGGUCAGAUGGGGCCCACAACACGCCGGUGCCCGAGAACUCGCUAAUUUGUACUCGCCAGGUAAAAGAUGUCAAGAAUGGAUAAGUGUCCUCCUCUGCUUCUCUCUCAUGGCCUUCAAUUUCAUUCACCUUCUUGCCAAUUUCCACCUGGGACACUUGUGGUUCAUCCUCUUAGGCAUUGUGGCAGGAAUACUCACCGCCGACUUUGCGUCAGGACUUGUUCAUUGGGGAGCUGACACGUGGGGAUCAGUGGACGUACCCAUCUUUGGAAAGGCCUUUAUACGUCCGUUCAGAGAGCACCACAUCGACCCCACAGCCAUCACCCGUCAUGACUUCAUAGAGACCAACGGGGACAACUGCAUGUUGACCAUAAUCCCGCUAGCAAACAUGGCCUUCAACUUUCUCACGCUGUCCCCCGCGGAGAUCUACCAUAACUAUCCCUGGUACUGCUACUUGUUUGCGCUGGCCAUCUUCGUGACGCUCACCAACCAGAUCCACAAGUGGUCGCACACUUACUUCGGCCUGCCUCGCUGGGUUGUUCUCCUGCAAGACUGCCACAUCAUCCUCCCUCGCAAGCAUCACCGCAUCCACCACGUCUCCCCUCACGAGACGUACUUCUGCAUCACUACGGGCGUUAAAGUUCCUCGCAAUUUCCGGCUCCUGGAAGAGCUGGAAGAAGGUCAGAAAGGUGUUGGAGAUGGGACGGUGAGCUGGGGUCUGGAGGAUGACGAGGACAUGACCUUAACACGAUGGAGGGGGGUGAUCCUUGGGCCUCCGAGGACGAGUUAUGAAAACAGGAUGUACAAUCUGAAGGUUGAAUGUGGGCCAGGAUACCCAGAGUCGCCACCGUUUGUCAGAUUUGUGACUAAGAUAAACUUGAACGGCGUGCACACCUCCAACGGUGUGGUUGACAUGCAUGCGGUGACCGCGCUGGCCAAGUGGCAGAACUCCUACAGCAUCCGGAUGGUGCUGCUGGAGCUGCGACGGCUCAUGACGUGCAAGGAGAACAUGAAGCUUCCUCAGCCGCCUGAGGGCCAGAUCUACACCAACUGAGCCCCUGCUACUUUUGCCUCCAUCUUUUAUCUCCUCGUUCCCCGACGACCCCCAUCUCUCCCCAUUUUGCUUUCAUCCGUUUAUCCCCGUCCUCCGCCAUGUGUCAUUCCACUAGCAACACCUUGGCUGAGCACACACACAGCACUCAAGUAUACGACAGCAAGUACACACACAUACAUGCAAACGCACAUGCGCGCACACACACACACACUUAUUGAGCGUUCAUCAAAGUCAUUCCAGGCCCCUCCCUCUCCCAUCACUGGAGCUCUGGUUGGACUCGAGUCCACACCAGAUACGAUCAUACGAAUACUGUACAUCUUACUAAACUUUUUUUUUUUUUAUUAUUUGUUAAAAAUGCAGAUUGUACAAUAACAUAAAUAAUCUUAUUGAGUGUAUCUCUUUGUGUGUUGCCUUUUUGUACCGUUUGAAAGCGGCCACGUAGCUGAGUGGACGUGUGGAACAUAUGAAACACUGAAUCCAAAACACAUCUGAUCUGACAUCGAGUUUGUUUCUGUGUGUGGCCAGGUGAAACAUUUUCUCCAGUGUGUUCUGACGUGGGCUUUCACAGGUGGAGGUAUUAGCCACACACGGCUUAUUUUUUGUUCUCCUGUGUAAGAAUUGUCCAAUGUGAACAUUGUGUAUCUAUGCCACGGUAUCUGAUCUUAUUAUGCAUAGUAGCCUAGUAAGCAUAUCUACUGUAGGUGUGCAGUUAAACCGUGCUUGGAAUUAGAAGUGAAAUCAGCUACCUCUUGGGGUCCUGUGUAACGUCGGAGCAGCCCUCUGACUUGUGAACUGUCUUUGCUACUUCAUGUGACGGAUUGUUUUACUUUCUCCACUUCUUUCAUAAACGAUAAUUCAUGCUUUUCAUGCA